AUGGCACCAACCCCCGCUGAAGCGCCGGUGCGAGCCUCCUCGUCCCGCAAGCCGAAGCCCCCCAAGAGGUUCGCCGACGAGGCGCUGGCCGUCGUGAUCAGGCGCCCGCGCGGCAAGGCCGCGUCGUCGUCCGGCAAGAAGCCGACCAAGGCGAAUGCCGUGCGCAAGGACGACGACGACCAGUGCGCUGACGAGCCCGACCAGGACGCGCUGGCGGAGGACGAGGCGGAGGAGCUGGCCGCCCUCCUCGCGGAAGCCGCGCCCGACGAGGAACCAGCCCAGCAGCGUAAGCGGAGGAACCGGGUGGCGCCGCCGCGCGCCGCCGAGGCCUGGGAGGAAGGCGACCCCGAGUUCGUCGGGGACCCCGUCCCCUCCGACGAGGCGCGGGGCGCGUUUCCCGAGCGCUACAUGCCGGUCGCCGCCGCGGGCAAGGAGGAGGAGGAGGAGGAGAUCAAGGCGAGGCGCCAUUACAGUGCAGCCAAGGUGGAAGAGAUCGUGUACUGCAUCGGUGAUGAUGUCUACGUAACGGCUGAGGAAAAAAAACCUCAUUACAUCGGCAGAAUCACUGAACUUUUCGAGGGAACCGACCAUGGCCGAUACUUUGCGUGCCGCUGGUUUUUCCGGCCUGAAGACACAAUGAUCUCAACCACGAAGUUGGUGGAUGAUCACAGUCAUGACCCAAAGCGGGUAUUCCUCUCUGACGAGAGGAAUGAUAACCCGCUUUACUGCAUCGUGUCAAAAGUCAAGAUAUUGCAAGUGGAUCCGAAGCUUGAUCAGGAAACAAAAUCCCAACUAUCGGCUGAUUGGGACCUUUAUUAUGACAUGUCGUAUGUUGGGGCUUACUCGACGUUUGCAAACAUCAGAAAUGGUAAUUGCUGUUGUGAACUGGGAACAAUUUCAGGGAUUUCAUCUGAUACGGAGGCUAAUACCUCCGUGACAACAGCAGCUUUGCUUGAUCUUUAUUCUGGUUGUGGUGGCAUGUCCACGGGCUUAUGCAUGGGUGCAGCACUAGCUGGCCUGAAACUUGAGACACGAUGGGCGGUUGACUUUAACAGCCACGCAUGCAAAAGCUUGAAAUCUAACCAUCCACAAACCGAGGUUUGGAACAUGAAAGCGGAUGAUUUUCUCUGUCUCCUCAAGGAAUGGGCCCUUCUAUGUGACAAAUAUGUCCACGGUAACAAUGUUUAUGCAGCUCCUCCCAUGGAGGAUGAGGAGGAAAAUGGUGACCUCGAGAAGGAUGAGUUUGUCGUAGACAAGCUCACUGAAAUCUGCUAUGGCGGUGCCAAUAGGAAAAGUUGCAUUUAUUUCAAAGUCCAAUGGAAGGGAUUUGGUCGGGAAGAAGAUACAUGGGAACCUAUUGACCACCUUUGUGAUUGCCCAUUAAAAAUAAUGGAGUUCGUUCAAGAAGGCCACAUGCGAAAAAUCUUACCUUUGCCUGGUGAUGUAGAUGUCUUAUGUGGGGGGCCGCCUUGUCAAGGGAUAAGCGGGUUUAAUCGGUUUAGAGACAGUGAUGCCCCACUAAAAGAUGACAAGAACAUGCAGAUGGUCACUUUUAUGAAUGUUGUUUCUUAUCUGCGGCCGAAAUACGUUUUGAUAGAAAACGUGCUGGAUAUUCUGAAGUUUUCUAAAGGAUAUCUAGGAAAGUAUGCCUUGAGCCGUUUGGUUGCCAUGAAGUACCAAUCUCGGCUAGGUAUUAUGGUUGCUGGCUGUUACGGGCUUCCACAGUUCCGCAUGCGCGUGUUCCUAUGGGGUGCCCUCUCUACAAUGGUUGUGCCAGCAUUUCCUCUCCCCACACAUCAUGUCGUUGUACGAGGUGGGGCGCCAAAGGCAUUCGCUCAAAGCAUUGUAGCAUACAAUGAAGCUCAAAUGCCAAUCUUGAAUAAGGCUUUGGUUCUUCACGAUGCGAUCUCAGAUUUGCCUGAGGUUGGUAACGAUCAAUAUGAUGACAUAAUCGACUAUCUCGAAAAACCAAAGACGGAAUUUCAGAGAUACAUCCGUCUUACUCGUAGAGAAAUGUUGGACUUCUCGUUUGGUGAUCAAGCUGGUCCUGGAGAAGGAAAGCUAUUGGAUCACCGUCCUUUGAAGCUCAACACAGAUGACUAUGAACGGGUUAAGAAAAUACCGUUCAAGAAGGGUGCCAACUUCCGUGACCUGGAAGGUGUAAAAGUAGGGCCAAACAAUGUCGUCGAGUUUGACCCUAACGUUCCACGAGUUUACCUUGAGUCCGGCAAACCAUUAGUUCCCAAUUACGCCAUGAAGUUCGUGGGGGGAAAGUCUCUCAAGCCAUUUGGACGACUGUGGGGGGAUGAUACGGUUUCGACAGUGGUGACCAGAGCAGAGCCACAUAACCAGGCUGUAUUACACCCGAGUCAGGCCCGUGUUCUGACUGUCCGUGAGAAUGCAAGGCUGCAGGGUUUUCCCGAUUACUAUCGCAUGGAUGGUCCCAUCAAACAACGGUACAUGCAAGUCGGCAAUGCGGUGGCGGUGCCUGUCGCCCGAGCUCUUGGUUACUCUUUGGGCCUGGCGUACUUGGGCAAGCACGAUGGGAGCAGCGACCCUUUGUUCAAGCUGCCCGCCAACUUCUUCAGCCCGGGGCAGACGGAGGGUGUUGUGAGGGCUUCAUCGGUUGAGUUGCCUGUAGGCAAGGUUGCAGAGCAGUAG